UUUCAAACUUCAUCAUGCUUCGACGCAGCUUGGCGCGCCUCCCGCUCCGGCGGCUUCUCCAUCAUGCAAGCACGACGCCCAAGAAGACAGUCGUCGUGGGCAUGUCGGGUGGCGUCGACUCGUCUGUGACUGCGUACCUCCUGCACCAAGACAAGUCGCUGCAUGUGGUCGGCCUGUACAUGAACAACUGGGACAGCUCGGACGAGGAAGGCAAGGCGACGUGCCCCGCCGAUAUGGACUACGAGCUCGUGCGCCAAGUGUGCGAAGAGAUUGGGAUCGAGUGCACACGCGUCGACUUUGUCCAAGAGUACUGGAACAACGUGUUUGAGCCGUGCCUGGACCAGUUUGCCAAGGGCUUGACGCCCAACCCCGAUGUCCUCUGCAACAAAGAAAUCAAGUUCGACGUCUUCGCCAAGCAUGCCAUGGCCCUCGGCCCUCGGCGCCGACUACAUUGCGACGGGGCACUACGCGCAGCUCAAGCGAUUGCCCAAUGGCACCAAUGCGCUCUACGCCGCAACAAGGACCAGAGCUACUUUCUCUCGCACGUCACGGGCGCCCAGUUCCAGCGCGUCAUCUUCCCGCUCGGUGGUCUCUGCAAGCCGCGCGUCCGAGAGAUCGCCGCCGAAGCGAACCUCUGUACCGCUGCCAAGAAGGACAGCGUGGGCAUUUGUUUUAUCGGGAAACGCUCCUUCGGCUCGUUCCUCUCGCAAUAUGUGCCGCCCCGCCCGGGCUCGUUCGUCUCGGUUGUCGACGAGCAGAUCAUGCACGCCCAUGACGGCUACAGUGCAUACACAAUUGGACAAGGAGCUAAAGUCUCGGGUUUACCCACGAAAUGGUUUGUCGUCGGCAAGCGUGACGAAGACGCCGCCGUCUUUAUCGCCCCCGGGACGCACCACCCGGCGCUCUUCUCGGACGAAGUGUUUGUCCGCGCGUCGGCCUUCAACUGGAUCCAAGGCCACAUGCCGGUGGCGUUGGCCGAGAAUGGCCGUCUGCGUUGCCAGUACCGGGCUCGCUACCGCCAGCCAUUGGCGUACUGCACGAUUUCGAUGGCCUCGGUGGACGAUGUCACGUCUGGCCUGAGCGUCUACCAACCGAUGGCCGCGGCGCCAACCGACGAGCCAUAUUUGCGCGUGCAGUUUGACGUGCCGCAGCGGGGGGUGUCGCCCGCGCAGUCGCUCGUCUUGUACGAGGACGACGGUCUUUGCUAUGGCGGCGGCCCGAUCCUCGGCGCAGGCCCUUCGUACUGGGAGCAGCAAAAGCCGUUGCCGUCACCCCUCUUUGACUGGAGCAUGUAAGGGCAAAUGCAUUGAAACACGUCAUGUUGGA